UGAGAGAGCGAGCAUGAGAGAGGAUGCAAAUUCAGUGAGAGAAAGGGAGAGUUAAAGACAUAAGUACAACAGUGGAGGCAGAUUAAGUGAAAGAGAUCGCAAGGGAAAUUUAGAGAGCUUCACAAAAGAAAGAGGAACAGCGAAGACAAAGAAAGUAAGAAAGCAAGAGAGAGCGUGUAGUGCAACAUUGCGCUGGUCUGCUUGGUUAUCUGUCUCCAUCUGGGUGCCAUCUGUGUCUCUGGCUCUGGCCUUCGCCACACUGGAGCUCACAUAUGUGAGAAUGCAAACACAUGCCUGACAUAUGAAGGCGUGGAGUCACAGAAAGACAAAAAGGAAAGGAUACGAAAGAAAAACCGCUCCACUGCAGCUGACUUUCUCAAAGGACUGAAGAGUGGACUCUACUAGAGUGGAGACAGUAGAGAGAAGAAGAGCCCUGCCAUGCCCGGUUCUCCUGUGGAUGCUAAGACUCAUUCCAGAUCAGCCCCCAGCAGCAGCGUCAGCUCCACUAUGCCACCCCUGCCUUCUGUCAACCCCAGCGGCCCUCGUCCGGCCUCUUUUUCCACCACAGCAUUGACCAACGGGAAUCAUCAUUCCCCGCCAACCUUAAAUGCAGUGCCAUCGCCGCCACAGCGUUACAGCAACGGACCAUCAUCUUCCUCUUCCUCAUCACUGGCAAACCAGCAGCUGCCGGCCACCUGUGGAGCUCGACAGCUGAGCAAGCUGAAACGCUUCCUGACCACGCUGCAGCAGUUUGGCAACGACAUUUCUCCUGAGAUUGGAGAUAGUGUCCGAAGCCUAGUUCUGGCCCUUGUGAAUUCAACAGUUACCAUUGAGGAGUUUCAUUCACGGCUUCAGGAGGCCACAAACUUCCCAUUACGGCCCUUUGUUAUUCCUUUUCUCAAGGCUAACUUACCCCUGCUGCAGAGGGAGCUGCUCCACUGCGCACGAGCAGCCAAGCAGACCCCAGCGCAAUACUUGUCCCAGCAUGAGCACCUCCUGCUAAGCACUACCCUGGCCUCCUCUCCAGAUUCCUCUGAGCUGCUGAUGGAGCCUCCUGAUGCCGGAACCAAGAGACACAGCCCCAGCAGGGCUAAAGAGAAUGGUUUCCAUGAACGUCCACCUGUUGCCAUGGAACCUGCUGCAAAACGAAUUUGCACCAUCAGCCCUGCUCCCCGACACAGCCCCGCCCACCCACUGCCCCUCAAUGCUCAGCUUCACCCAACCCCUCCACCCUUGCAGCACUACGCCCUGGAUGACAUUGCAGCGCCACACAUCUUACACCGUGAGCACAGCCAACGUGUGCUGGAGAUCCGCGAGCUCAAAGAUAGGCCCAGACUCCCCGGCACUAACGGGGGCUACCGUGAGGAGCCAGUAGACCACAGACUGACAGACAGAGAGUGGGCUGAUGAAUGGAGGCAUCUGGAUCAUGUGUUGAACUGCAUUGUGGACAUGGUGGAAAAGACACGGAGGUCAGUGAGCGUGCUCAGACGAUGCCAGGAGUCAGAUCGUGAGGAGCUCAACUACUGGAGACGGCGUUCAAGUGAGCAGGAAGACCCACGCAAAGGAGGAUCAGGCUCUGCUCCCUUUUCCAAGACACACAGUCCCCAUUCUGCAGAGUCGGACUCCCAGCGCGACUUUGGUCCACGGCCAGGCUCAGCAUACGUUACAGAUGAGAUCUGGAGGAAAGCUGAAGAGGCAGUAAAUGAAGUGAAGCGUCAGGCCAUGGAUGAGGUUCAGAAAGCAGUAGCAGAAGCCGAGCAGAAGGCUUUUGAGAUGAUUGCUGCCGAGAGGGCUAAGAUGGAAAAGACUCUGGCUGAGGCGAAGAGGAAGGCUCAGGAGGAUGCCAUCAUGGUCAUCAAUGAGCAGGAGGAUUCCAGUGAGUGUUGCUGGAAUUGUGGCCGCAAAGCUAGUGAGACGUGCAGUGGCUGCAACGCGGCGCGCUACUGUGGCUCCUUCUGCCAGCACAAAGACUGGGAGAGGCAUCACCUCAUCUGCAGCCCUGGACUUCAGGCUCAACCCAAGCCAGUUUCUGCUAUCACUGCAAGCAGAGCUGCACCAGCAGCAGCAGUAGCUGCUGGUGUGUCCCCUGUCGGCCUGCCCGGGGUCAAGGCCUCUGACAGUGUGACUUCAGUCUCCAGUCCUGGUGGAGAGAAGGCUACGGUUGCUUCUCGCUCCUCCACUCCCUCUACCCCUGCCUCGGCCCCUGAAACCACUGGACACUAGGAGGUGAAAAACUUCAGUGGUCAACGUGUGAACCGCCCUCUUCUUUAACAGGGAAGAAUUGAAUCAGCAGAAUGAGGGAACUAUUUGUGGCAUAAAUUAGGAUAACAGAUUCUUCAUCAUAAUCUUUGGCAGAAUAAAAGACAGAUUAUGGAUGACUGUUUGAGUGAUAUGGCAACUGGGACCUUUACUUUAGUAAAGAACAGAAGGACUCGUCUCGAAUGCAUUCGUUGGAUGAACAGAGCUCCCUAACAGAUGGAAACGUGUUUGUCUUCAACUCAGAAUCCCAAAUCUUGGAUGUGUGAGGGCGGAAAAAACCCGAUGAUUGAUCUCAGUUUAUUGCUGGCUGCAGGGAGGAAGUUAUGAAAAGAAGACAGAUGAGAAAAGACAGCAGAGAUUAAAAACAGUGAGGUAUAAAGAUGCCUCCCAUCAGCUGAUGUCCUCCCUUUGUUGUGUAUAGAUUUAUGCUGGGGAGGUGGUGGUGGUGGUGGUAAAUGUAAACAGUGUAACAGUACCAGCCAUAAAGCAUCUGUCAUCAACCUGUAGGAAAAUCUGACAGUAGACCACAUGAGGUUUGUCUCUGCAGCUCUCCAAUAUACAUAAGUAUCUGUUCACCAACCUCUUGUCAGGUUUUUCUAUGUGUGAAUGUGUCUCAAACAUUUGUGCAGUCAGUAAAUAUUGUAAAGCAUAUGAUUUACUUUUGUCAAAGCAAUAUAAAAAUGAAGUGUUCAGGUAUCUCAAGUCCUUUCUGCAUCACCAAAGUUUUCACUCACUAAAGAGAGAGUUAGUCCUUCCCUGUAAAUGUCCUUGUGAACAAGAGAUAAAUAUAUAGUUAACUCUCACAUCAUACAUAGAAACUCUGGCCCCUAUUGUACAUCUCUGAUCAUCAGGCAUCUUCAAGGUACAGAGAUAAAUGGGAUAGUGGCUGUAUUGUCUGGGCACAGGAGGAUUCAGUCAUGACUUUUUUCUGGUUGCAGUUUCAUUUUUGCACUUGUUCACAUCACCAGUUGUGUAUGGCAGACGGUCAGAUGUUGCUCCACAUUUUCCACCAUUGCAGUGUUUUCAUCGGAAAAGAACAAUUUGUAAUGCAGGUUGUCAGCUGUUAAGGCAUGAAAAUGCUCAGUGUUAACAUUGCUGUGGUGCAGGGUCAGAGCAGUGACUGUCCUAUGAAGAAUCUCAGGAGCUAAACUGUAUUAGUAUGUACAGAUCAUUCUGUUCUUUUUUCCUUUUGUCACAGUUAGAUUAAUAAAGUCAAAUGUUAACAUUGAUUUAUGGUACUCUGCUGUUACACUUGAUGUUUUUGUUCAUUGUAAGAUGACUGUAAAAAAAAUGAAUGUCUUUAUUUUGUGAGCCACCAUUUCCCUUUUGAUUCUUUAACAUUCUUUUAUGAGGCAUAACUUCAUAUAAAAAGAUUGUUGACAUGAAUUAUGAAAUAAAGAAAUCACUUCAGAAAGUGUUACUUCUGUUUUGUGAUUGACUUGCCAUUCAACAUGUUGAGUGUAAGAAUCAUUUCAAAUAAAUUGCUGUGUAAGUUGAGCAUAGGCACCUCUUCAUUAACACUGAAUGACAGCCUCAUUUCUUUUACUGUGUGAAGAGAGUUAUUGAGAAACUGCCCGAUGGCAACAUUCAGUAGGUUGUAGAACUGAAUGUUACUUGAUUACUGUUAGCUGAGAAAUAUUUGGGUGCCAUAAAACUGGUUUCAUAAACUCAGAACCCUUCAUACAAACAGUUUAAAAACCAUUGCUAUAAUUUUAUGUGAUUUUCAAACUAUUUCCUAGUAUUUCCAAAAUUUGGUUUGGGCUUAUUGUUG